CUUUUCUCGCAUUCUUCGCGUCGAACGGCCGCCUCGAUCGUAGCAUCCUGUCGCAUUGAUGUCAUUGACUGAUGCAAGCUCUCGCGUGGUGCGGCGCGGUGCAUCACGAUGCUCCAUAUUCCCGUCGCCAUCGCCUGUCUCGUAUGACGCGCGAAGAUGCAUUUCCCAGGGGUGGCUAAGGAAAGAAGUGGAGAGAAAUCUGAAUUGGAGUAGGACUGCUAAGGAAAUCGAUGCGGGCAGGCAAAAGAGUUUUCUGACCAUGCUCGAGGAGCGCGGCCUUGUCAAACAGAUAGCUGGGAAUCGGGAUGCGUUGGACAAGCUCCUUACGAAGAAGCGCAUAGGGGUCUACUGUGGUGUUGACGCUACGGCAUCCUCUCUACAUAUUGGGCACAUGCUUCCUGUGAUGAUACUGUUCUGGUCUUAUGUCCACGGUUAUCCGACUUUCCACCUGAUAGGUGGUGCCACUGCAAAGAUAGGAGACCCUAGCGGCCGCUCGACAGAACGAGAGCCCAUGCACAGGAGCAGCAGAAGUAAGAAUAUUUUGUUAAUGCAAGAACAAAUUAAGAGAAUGUGGAAGAAAAUAGAGUUUUAUGCUGCUCGUCACGGCUUUGUUCAUGAUAAGAAGAGCAUGAGCUGGCUACGCGGAAUUUACAACAACUCAACCUGGCAUAAUAAAGUCACUGUGUCGGAAAUAUUGGGCCAGCUCGGGAGGGGAAUAAGAAUCUCGACCUUGCUGGGUCGUGACAGUGUAAAAGAACGUCUGAAUAGCGGUGUCGGUAUGAACGUUGCCGAAUUCUUCUACCCUCUGAUGCAGAGUUGGGAUUGGUGGGAGAUGUUCAAACAAAAGGGGGUGCAACUUCAGAUUGGCGGUUCCGACCAAUAUGGCAAUCUUCUGUCGGGCAUUGAAGCUGUGAGUUACAUGCAGGCAAAUGUGUCGCAUGAUUCCGAACGAAUUAAGCAACCAGACCUGGCCGAGGGCGACUUUAGCCUGUUUGCGAUUACGACUCCCCUAUUGACAACCCCGUCCGGUCAGAAGUUGGGCAAAAGCGCUGGAAACGCUGUGUGGUUGGAUCCGAAUCUGACCACACCAUACGAGUUAUACCAAUACUUCGUCCGCCUUCCCGACAGCGAGGUCGAGCAAUACCUCAAAUGGUUCACAUUCAUCCCAGUCAAGGACAUUGGGGUCAUCAUGGAAGAGCAUAACAAAGAUGCCAGCAAGCGUCUCGCCCAAAACUUUCUCGCCCAUGAAUUCGUCGAACUCGUUCACGGCUGGCAUAUAGCUGAAGAAGCCCGGAUACAGACCACUCAACUUUACCCAAACAGCGUCAACGUAUAUGAGUACUUCAAAGACCUCAUAAACAUCAAAAGUCCAAAUCAAACCGCGAAACCCCCGCCGCCUCUCCCAGACUACGCCGCCCCGGUCCAGGUCCCUGAUAAAGAUGCGCGCAAGCAAUUCGCUCAGUACACAUUGCCCGAGCUCAACAAAUAUGCACCCCAGAUGAACGUUUUCAAUAAGAACGUUGAUACUGCGAUCAAGCUCCCGCGCGCAUUUUUCGCGCGGAAAUCCUGGCCCGUCAUCUUGUACACUAGCGGCCUGGCGGGUUCGCGCACUGAAGCCACAAAGCUGUUACAAAACAAAGGCGCAUACGUGCAUGGCGCGCACGGCGGCAACAUUGAGACUAAAGAUCGCGUUGUCUGGAACCCGAUCACAGCGACCAAGAUCGGCGACGCGGUGCAGUACAUUCGCGACAAUACGCUGAUGAUCAGAGCCGGGAAAUGGAAUCUCAAGGUUAUUGAGGUUGUCGAUGAUGAGGUAUGGGAGCAAGAGGGCAUGACGUUCCCGGUGGAUAAAGACGGGAAGCCAAAGGCACAAUUGGCAAGACCUGGAGAGGAAGAAUACGAUGAAAAUGUCGAGGCUAUCAAGCUGCUGCAGAGUCUGCCGCGCAGUAGCUGGAAGCCGGGGAUGACAGCUGGUGAAGCGCUUGAAAUUGCUAAGGCACGCGAUGGAUCGAAGCCGACCGCUCAAAAAAGGUUCAGUGAUGCGCCGCCAGAUGGACUGUCAGGGUUUAGUGGCGUUCAUUGAGCAAACUCCUCGGAAAUGUAAUAUAUGUAUCAAGAGUGUGCGCGGGUUGAAUAGCAUUGCAUGGCGAGUGUCAAGAAUCCUGCUCGAGGAGCAUCUUAUCUGUACUAUAUUGUACUUUAACACGCAUAACACAUAUACUCCCCCAACUCCGCCACAUGC